CUCGCUCGCAGACAGGGGACUUGGGAACAUCUUCUAAGGUCGCCUCAAACUGAGAACGACAACAACAACAAUGCGUUGAGCUUCCGUGGUGGGGUUUGGCGGACGCGUGGUUUGGUUCGUGCGUUCGCGUCGUGGGUUUUAUCAUCUCGGUUAACAUCAUCGUCACCACCAUCAUCAUCAUCACGAUCGUGAUGAUGGCUAUCGGUGCCAUCGUCAUAAUUGUCAUCGUGAGUUUAUCACCAUCAUUAUCGUCAUUACGCUCCGCCUUUUAUGAAUUGUCGUUGAUACGACCAUAGUCACCAUUACCACCACCACCGUAGUCACUGUCACCAUCGUGAUUAUCAUCGUCUCACUGUCUUCAUCACAGCAGACAAAUUAAUCCCCAGUCGGCCCAGACACUGACAUCGCCGUGCGGUCUACCGGACGAACUCUUAUCGACGGCACUGUACGUUAGUAUGUGCUCGCAAAAUACGUGUACAUCGGAGGGUGUAUGCGGAGAAACGUAAUACCCGCGUCUUGAAUUACGGCGAUACCGGAGUGAUUGCAUGCAGCCGUGGAAGGUUGAAAGAAUGUGGCGAGUGGGACCUCGCAACAAAAUGCCUGGACCAUGGGACCUUUCUUGCCAGCAUCAAAAUAUGAUAAUUGGUUUUACCCUCGCUGGCAAAAAAACAACAACCAGGUAUUAAGAUGUUCAGUGUCCAAAUAGAUCCCUUUUGCGAUGAUUCGAGUCUGCGUUAACCACACACGGUGCUUGUGGUGAACAUGAAAACAAACACGCUCUGAUAAUAUUUGAUGCAUUGUCUUUGAAACCGAUUGGCCUACACCAUAGACGGCCUUCUUUAGGGCCAAGUCUCAGACCAGAUCAUACCAAAAGGCGAACAGUUUCAAAGACAAUGCAUAUAUUAUCAGAGCAUGUUCAUCACAAGCACGUGUGGCUAAUGCAGACUUGAUUCCUUGCAAAAAAGGUUUCUGUUUGGUGUUUUAACAUUUUAACACAUUUUUUAUUGCCAUUAAGGGUCAAACCAAUUAUUAAAAUACCUAGAGUGGACAGCACUGUACUGUAAUAGGUGAUCGCAGAUUGUAAAAUAAUUGGGGGUAUAAGGGAGUGGCAUAGAAGUCGCCUUGGCGUUCUGUACAAUAAUAGGUCGUUGCACCACAGUGAGAAGUGGUUAAGAGAGUAGACAGUUUUGGAAUCGUAGUUCUACUCGACAUCAUCCUUAAAUUACAGCACAUUAACAGGUGCUUGCCUAUGACCAGAUCACCCGCAAUGCGUCCGAUCUUGUCAGAUCUCGGAAGCUAAGUAGGAUUGAGCUUGCUUGGAUAGUGUUUGGAUUGGUGGCUACUGGUCAAGAUACAGGCGUAAUAGGCGUUUUGGACAAUAGAGGGCAACGUAGCGAAAUCUAUUGUCAUUCAAAUCCCCCCUCGACGUUCAUUCUGCCCGCACUGACCAGCGUGGUGAAGUAUGAUCACAUUCCUUUUUGCCAUGCAUGGUGUGGAAGGGUCCUCAUCUGGCAGUGGAUUGUAAAUAUAGAGGUGAUUGCAAAAAGAGGACAGUGGCACAGGUGCUGAAGCUUUUUAUGACCCUCAAAUGACAGCACGUUAAUCGAUGCAAGCAGGAAAACACCGCUGAUUAAGUUAAAGCACAGAUAGGGAAAUACACAACAAAAUCUUAAAUGGCAGAGUUAAUAGAGGCUCGCAACAUCAGAAAAGUGAUAUAAAAUUGGUAAACAAGACACUUCCACCCCAAACUUAAAAAAAUAACAUCGAAGCACCACUGGACCAGUAUAUUCCAGCAAAAUUUGUUAAAACUGUGAAACUCUGGAUUGCCUUCUAUUUCGUGAGGCUCAUGAACUGAUUGUGGAAUGUUGAACAAAUGCUGCUCGGUUGCCUGCUGUGAUGGUCAAGAGCCAUCCUUAAACAACACCACCAUGGGCUCGAUCAUCUCAGGAUAGCAACAGUCCACAAAAUGUAUUAUUGCACCAUCUUGGUGGAUUGUCGCAUAAUAAAAUGAGCAAAGGUUUGUAUCAGGGUAAUAAUAUACACGCUAGGUCAUCUAAAGAGGUGUGAUUGUAACCAUAAGAUCGAUCCUCCCUUAAUGUCUUGCAUGUCAUGUCACAUCACCAUACUGCAUUUAUGAUAUAGGCAGCCUUUUUUUAGGCCACCAAACUGAAGAGUCAAAUUGUGGCCAAUGUGUUUGUAUAUGGUGGAGAGAUGUUAACUUCCUCGCCUGGUAUAAAGGAGGUCGUGGGUUCGAUCCUGACCCUGACGCCUCUAUAUUUGGAGUUUGCAUGUUCUCCCCGUGGUCGUGUGGAUUUUUAUGUUUUCAGAUUUUUCCCUUCCCAUUUAGAAACACGUAGUUAGAGUAUUUGGCUGCUAUAAAUGUCCACACGAUAAGCCACUUUGUUGAGCUGUCAAUUGUGGUCAGGUCACUUUUACCUGGUAAAAUAAAAAAAUAGUUGAUAGUUUUACUAAAGUUAUGAAAGUAAAUGUGCAGUGAAAGUGAUGGUGACACUGUCCAUAUUCCUAUCAGAUUUGAGAGGAGAUUGAAGAAGAGAAGAACAAGACAUGGGCUCCCAGGCGCUGCAGUUUCUCCGCCAGGGCCUCUGGGCAUCCCUGACUGGGGGCUGGUGCUUUGACCCGCAUCAGAGCAAAUUCUCAAAUGCUUUCCACCUCUACGUGUGGCUCUUCCUGCUCUGCUUCCCCUUCACGCUCUACCUGGUGCUGCCUCCAAACAUGGUGUCGGUGGGGAUCUACUGCGGCGUCAUCGCCAUCUUCUUCACCUCGCUGAAGUCCGUCAACUACCGGCUGCACAUGAUGUUUGACCGUGGCGAGUUGGUGGAGCGUAGCGGCUGCAGCGGUGGCGGCGGCGUUGGCGGCAGCGGCGGCGUCGGAGGAGGAGGCAUUGAGAUGCUGGACCUACGCUCGCGGCCUCCCGGCGCGCUGCACGACGAUGACGAGACGCCGGCGGGACCCGGCCCAAGCAGCGGUGCCAGGCAGGAGUACAGCGGAGGGCCCGGUGACCCUGGCGGGGGCAGCACAAGUGGCAGUGGCGGCAAAGUGGAGGUGGUGGAGCUACACAGGGAGGGAACGCCGCCUCUAGCGUGCAGCUCGCGUAACUCCUGCGCGGGAGACCUGCAUCGGGUUGAGAUUCUCCCAGUCCCCGAGUCCACUGGCAGUGCCAAAGAUGCGCUCGGGAGGGAGAAGCCGCCUUUGCCGCCGCUACUCUCGUGCGACUCCCCCGCCUCGAGCCACGGCUCGGGCUCCCUCGACUCGGAGACGCAGACGCUGCUGGCGUCCGUGGGCAAGCGCCCACGCGUGACGAGCGGCGACGCGCCGGCGACCGCGUCCUCCUCCGCCGCCGCCGUCGACGGCGGCCGUCCGACGUGGUCGAGCGAGGCGAGCGAGGCCCCCGCGCGCCGACGUAACGGCCAGGCGCCUCGCGCGUCGCUCAGCGAGUUCCUCGACAUGCCGGCGCUGCGGGCCUUCGAGUCGCCCGACGGCCGCGAGCCCGGGAGCCUUCGCGGCGACGCCGCCUCGGUGUCCGUCGACGACUCGCCCGGUAACGCGCCUGACGACGACGACGAAGACGGCGGGGGAAGCGGUGGCGUUGACGGUCCUCGGCUGCCGGACGGAGCCCGCCUGCGGCAGGAGGAGUCGCGGAACAGCCUGCGCAGCCUCAGCUCGGUCGGCUCGGGCCGCCUGCGCUUUGUGGAGGCCGCCGAUGACCCUCGCGGCUCACGGUGUGCCGCUGCUUCCGAGGACGAUCGUGGCAAGUCCGCGCGGAGCCAGCCGCCCGAUCCGAGGGCUGACGAGAAGUCGUCCGCCAGGGCGGACGCGAGGACUAAGCAGAAGGAGCGGCUCCCUUCGUACGGCGGCGAAACUAAUGCGAACCCGCACUCCAACCUCAUAGCGGCAGACGCGCUGGCGGCGCAGAAGGCGGCCGACGUCAAGGAGGGCAACGGCGGUCGGACUCGGGGUGGCAGGACCGGCGCCGAGAACCUGGACGGGUGCCCGAGCUCGGCGGAGAGUGUCGCACCGAGCCUCGUGGAGUCCCCGGCAAGCAGGGGCGGCAGGCCCGUGCCGGAGAGCGCACGGGUAGCAACGGCGGGGGAGGGCGCGGACCCGGCGGUGCGGCCCAAGUCGUCGAGCUUCCUGCGGCGCGCAAGUCGCAAGCGGAAGACGAGGCGGAAACGCAGCGGUAGCUUUGAGCUGGACCGCCCGAGCGCGGGCUCAGCUCCGAGCCGGGCUCACGGCAGCGGCGGCGAGUACGUGACGGUGGCCACGCCGUUCGGCGUGCGCGACAAAAACAACGGGGACGACGACGACGACGACGACGACUCGAGCGAGCUGAGUUCGCCGUCUUCGACCAACAGCUUCUUCCGAGAGAGCAGCUUCAACAGUAGCUCGACGCACUCCAGCCCAUCGCCGGACUCCGAUUCGGGGCUUUUCCUCGAGGCGGUGGCGGCGGCGGCGGCGGCCGCGGCGGCGGCGGCCGCCUCACACAAGCACGGGCGGGGGAAGCGCGGCAUCGGAGCGGCCCCGCCUGCCGGCACCGGCACGCCAAGGCCCCCGCUGAGGCGGCCGCCGUCGCACUCUGUGUCGCACCCACCCCGGCGUACGCCCAGCAUGGCGAGCGCCAAGACGCACGCGCGCGUGCUCAGCAUGGAUGCCGGGGGGGCCGCGGCGGCGGGCGGAGGGAGAGGCGCCGCAGCUGGUGGCGGCCCAGCGGACGUCUCGGCAGGAGACUCUGCGGCCGCGGGGGCGACUGCCGGCCCGGCGGUCGAGGACCCCUCGUCGUCGUCGCGUCCCCUCACUUCGUCCAAGUCGGAGCUGGAGAAGAAGGAGGGAGAGGCGCUGGACGAGCGCUCGCUGCUGGGACGCGCCCGCCUGCUCGAGCUCAUGUCGCGUGGGCACACGGGCGGCGGCGGCGGCGGCGGCUCCGGCGGUGGAGGGAGCGGGAGCCAGGCGGAGUGGCGCGAGCUGGUGACGAGGAGCCAGAUCGCCACCUCGUCGGGGCCGUCCGAGUGGAGGGACCUGGUCACGCGAAGCCACUCGGAUUGGCUGGAGCUCGAGGAGCAGGGGGCGGCUGGUGGGGUUCCGUCAUCGGUGAGCGAGGAAGGAGGCAAGCCACGGCGGCACAGCAGCAUGACGCGCGGCGCGGUGCGGAGGCAGACCGUGCGGCGGCGCCACCACGCCGGCAGCAACCCCACGCCGCCGCCCUCCAUCCUGGGCUCGCCGCUCAGCCUGCCGGACGGUCCCCGCUGCCGCACGUCAUCGCUGUUCAAGCCCGUGCAGAGCCUGCCGCUCUCCCUGGGGCCGUCCGUGCCGGGCAGCGGUGGCCCCUGCGGUUCGGGCGGCGGCGCCGGCGGUGGUGGCGCCGGCGGAAGCUGCGGCGGAGGCCCCGGGGGGAGCGGCGGAGCGAGCACCUCGUCGUGCGUGCAGGCCCAGCUUCCGGGCGCUCCGCCGCUGCACGUGGCCACGUCGCACGAUGACACCACGUCCGGCGCCGUGCACUGCUUCGAGGAUGAGGAUGGGAACCUGAUGACGUACACCUUCGGGGAGCAGAGCGAUGGCUGUGCCACGCUUCUCUCCAACAUGGACGCCACCAUCAACCCCAAGCACUCGAGCUGGGAUAGCCACUCAUACUUUGACGCGCCCUCGGUCGGCUUCCUUGACAAGACGGAGGAAGCGGCAUCUCGCGACCGCGAUCUCAACCCCUACGAGACCAUCGAGGUGCCGCGUCCCCGUGAAUCCGUCUUCUUGGAGCAGCGUUUGUUCCGGGCGCAGCAGCGAUUCCGGGGUCCGGCGUUGGAGCUGCCUUUGCCAGAGGUGCACGACGGGCGCGGCGGCAUCGGGGGCGGGAUCGGCGCGGGGACGCUGGCGGACAGCGAUCGGCCCGGGGAGAAGCGAGUUAAGCAGCGGUACAAGCUGCAGUUCUUCCCCGGAGCGUGGCUGGCCAUCCGCUACGACCGCCUGGCGCUGCUGGCCUUGCUCGAUCGAAACCGGCAGUUGGGUGAGAACAUCCUGGCCGUGGUGCUGGCCGUGCUCGUCGCGUUCCUUGGCUUCGUGCUGCUCAAGACCGGCUUCUUCCACGACAUCUGGGUGCUGCAGUUCUGCCUGGUGAUCGCCAGCUGCCAGUACUCGCUCAUAAAGAGUGUACAACCAGACGCUGCAUCACCAAUGCACGGUCAUAACCGGGUGAUCGCCUACAGCCGGCCGGCAUACUUCUGUCUUUGCUGUGGCCUCAUGUGGCUGCUGGACCUGGGCAGCCAGAGCUUGAGUCUGCGCGUGGCGUUCACGCUGUACGGCGUGCCCUGCACUGUGCCCCGCUUGCUCAUUUUUGCCCGUGACCUCAUCAUGGUGUUCACUCUGUGCUUCCCCGUGGUGUUCGUCUUCGGCCUACUGCCGCAGAUCAACACCUUCCUCAUGUACGUGCUGGAGCAGCUGGACAUGCACGUGUUCGGGGGCAACGCUGCCACCAGUGUGCUGGCCUCUGUCUACGGCUUCGUGCGCAGCGUGCUGUGCGUGGCGCUGCUCUACGGCUUCUGCUACGGGGCACUGACGCAAACGUGGGACUCGCAGCACAUCCCCGUGCUGUUCUCCGUGUUCUGCGGGCUUCUUGUGGCCCUUUCAUACCACCUGAGCCGGCAGAACAGCGACCCCACUGUCCUCUGGUCACUCAUUCAGUCGAAGCUUUUGCCCGAAGAGCCAGCAGACAACCCCGAGGAACCACUGCAGGAGAUGAAGGACCCCCUUCCGGACAAACUCAAGCAGUCUGUGAGCGAGCGCCUCCAGUCGGAUGUCAUCGUGUGCGUCGUCAUGGCUGUGCUGGCGUUUGCCGUGCACGUGAGCACCGUCUUCGUGGCGCUUCAGCCGGUGCUGAGCCUGGUGCUGUACGGGUUGACGGGCGGCGUGGGCAUCCUGGUGCACUACGUGUUGCCCCAGCUGCGCAAGCAGCUGCCCUGGUACUGCUUCGCUCACCCGCUGCUCAAGACGCGCGAGUACAGCCAGUUCGAAGUCAGAGAACCAGCGCAGCUCAUGUGGUUUGAGAAGUCACAGGUGUGGCUGCAGUUCCUGGAGAAGAACUUCCUGUACCCGGCCGUGGUGCUGAGCGCCAUGACCAACGACGCGAAGACGAUCGCCAGCCCCGACCGCCUGGGCCCUUAUGUGGGGGCGCUGGCGGUGGUGGUGGCCGGCAUGAAGCUGCUACGCUUCUCCUUCAGCAGCCCCACCUACCAGUACGUGACGCUCAUCUUCACCGUGCUCUUCUUCCGCUUCGACUACCCGGCGUACUCGGAGACCUUCCUGCUCGACUUCUUUUUCUUCUCCAUCGUGUUCAGCAAGCUCUGGGACCUGUGGCACAAGCUGCGCUUCGUGUUCACGUACAUCGCGCCGUGGCAGAUCACGUGGGGUUCCGCCUUCCACGCCUUUGCCCAGCCCUUCGCCGUGCCGCACUCGGCCAUGCUGUUUGUGCAGGCCGUCAUCUCGGCCGUCUUCUCAACACCAUUGAACCCGUUCCUGGGCAGUGCCAUUUUCCUCACGUCAUACGUGCGGCCCGUGCGCUUCUGGGAGCGAGACUACAACACCAAGCGGGUCGAUCACUCCAACACUCGGCUUGCCACGCAGCUUGACCGCAGUCCCGGUGCGGACGAUAACAACCUCAACUCCAUCUUCUACGAGCACCUAACGCGCUCACUGCAGCACAGCUUGUGUGGCGACCUGACCCUCGGCCGCUGGGGAAACUACACGACGGGCGACUGUUUCAUCCUGGCGUCAGACUACCUCAACGCCUUCAUCCACCUCAUCGAGAUCGGCAAUGGGCUCGUCACCUUUCAGCUGCGCGGCCUGGAGUUCAGAGGCACCUAUUGUCAGCAGCGGGAGGUAGAGGCGAUCACGGAGGGCGUGGAGGAGGACGAGGGCUGCUGUUGCUGUGAGCCCGGCCACCUGCCGCACGCUCUGUCCUUCAACGCCGCGUUCGGGCAGCGCUGGCUCGCCUGGGAGGUGUCCGUGGUGAAGUACGUCCUCGAGGGGUACAGCAUCACGGACAACAGCGCCGCCACCAUGCUGCAGGUGUUCGACCUGCGCAAGAUCCUGCUCACGUACUACGUCAAGAGCAUAAUCUACUACGUGGUGAGCUCGCUGCGGCUGGAGGAGUGGCUGGAGAGCGAGGUGGUGCGCGAGGGGCUCCGCCCGUGCUGCGAGCGUGGCUACGCCGACGUCGACCCGACCUUCAACCCCAACAUCGACGAGGACUACGACCAUCUGCUGUCGGGCGUCUCGCGCCAGAGCUUCUGCAACGUCUACCUCGAGUGGAUCCAGCACUGUGCUAGCCGGCGCGAGCAGGCGGUGGAUAGUGCCAAGGACUCGAACCUCGUGACUCUCUGCUUCGGCCUCUGCGUGCUGGGACGCCGAGCCUUGGGCACCGCCUCCCACCACAUGUCCUCCAGCCUGGAGCCCUUCCUGUACGGGCUCCAUGCCCUCUUCAAGGGCGACUUCCGCAUCACGUCGCCCAAGGACGAGUGGAUCUUCGCCGACAUGGAACUCUUGCGCAAAGUGGUGGCCCCGGGCGUGCGCAUGUCACUCAAGUUACACCAGGACCACUUCACGUCCCCGGACGAAUACGAGGACCCGGCAGUUCUGUAUGACGCCAUCUGGAACCACGAACGCGAGCUCGUCAUCUCGCACGAGGGCGACCCCGCGUGGCGGAACGCCGUGCUCUCCAACCGCCCUUCGCUGCUGGCGCUGCGCCACGUGCUGGACGACGGCUCGGACGACUACAAGGUCAUCAUGCUCAAUCGCCGCUACCUGAGCUUCCGCGUCAUCAAGGUGAACCGCGAGUGCGUGCGGGGCCUGUGGGCCGGCCAGCUCCAGGAGCUCGUGUUCCUGCGUAACCGCAACCCGGAGCGCGGCAGCAUCCAGAACGCCAAGCAAGCGCUGCGCAACAUGAUCAACUCGUCGUGCGACCAGCCCAUUGGAUACCCCAUCUACGUGUCCCCUCUCACCACCUCGUACGCCGGCACGCACCAGCAGCUCCGCUCCGUCGCCGGAGGUGCCAUCACCGUCGGCAGCAUCGGACACUUCUUGGCUGCCACCUGGCACAGGAUGCGGAAGGGGUGCGGCGCCGGGUGCAACAGUGGCGGAAACGUGGACGACUCGGAUUGCUGCGUCGGGGGGCUCUCGUCCAUUGGGGGAGGUGGCGGCGCCGUGGGCCCAAAUCCUGGGGGGAACCCCUCCCAGGGGAACGCGGGGGGGCACGCUGGCGUCAACGCCCCUCCAACCGGCAGCCACGCCGCCAUGCAGCCCGUCAUAGGGCAGCCCGUGCCAGGUUCCCUGGGGCAAUCCCUGCAGGCUGGGCUGGUACGCGCGUCUCCCCAGCGAGGCGCGGGCGUGUCGCAGGGCAGCCAGACGUCCGUGCUGUGGUACGGCGCCGGCGGAGGAGCAGGCAGCGCUGGCGGCGGCGGCCGGCAGCCCUCGUCGCUCCGUUCGGGCGUCGUCCCGGGCUCCUGGUGCCACUCGUCGUUCCGCAACGCCUCCGAGGGCGCCGGCCUCGCGUCGCUGUGCACGCCCGAGAUGGUGGGCGGCGGCGGAGGAGGCGGAGGAGGCGGAGGAGGAGGCGGAGGAGGCGGCGGCGGCGGCGGAGCCAACCGGUCGAGCCUGGCGUCUUCGAGCAGCUCGACGCUCAGCAGCGUGAUCCUGCCGCUCGGCAAGCGCAGCACGUCCACGCUGGCCACCAUCGCGGCGGGGUUGCUGGCUCCCGAGGCCAGCGCUAGCCUCGCGGGCAACGCCGGCAGCAACGCCGACUCGCAGUCCAACGCGAGCACGGGCACGGGCUCCAGCGCAGGCUCGGGCAGCGGGUGCGGGGGGCUGCCAUUGUCUGCGGCGGCUGCGGUCAGUGGUAUUGGUGGUGGCGGUGGGACUGGCGGAUCGGCAGGUUUGGCCUUGGCGAGUUUUGGCGGAACACCGCCUAGGAGGGAAACCGUUGGUGCCAGAGUUCAGAUUGUGGAUGUGAGCCAGGUGCUGGACUCGGUGCAUGCCUCCAAGCGCCGUGAGCUUCAGUGGCCGGACGACUCGGUGCGGGCGCGCGCUGGCCGGGCUGCUUGGCGCGACUGGAGCCCCCAGGAUGGCAUGGAGGGCACUGUGAUCCAUCGCUGGGUGCCGUGCAGCCGCGACCGCGUGAGUCGCUCGCACCUGGACCGCGCCAUCCUGCUACUGCAGAUCAGCGAUAAGUACGUGCCCAUCCUAGAGAGCGGGGUCGCGGAGCUCGCCGAGAGCACGUAGCGCCACGAUGGAUGCCGACUUCCGACCGGUCCUUCUCCCCCCUGCUACGCCGCCACUAUCAGCGCGCCAUCAACUCCUCGGGAGACGCACCCUGCUCUGUGCGAAAUACUGUCUCCCCUCCCCCCCCCGGCCCAUCCCUCCCACCACCGCUUGCGUGCUUGCCACCACCCAUGCACUGGCUGUCGAGGAUUAUGGGUAGCCUCGGUAAGUGUUUGGUUAUCGGCUGAGACCUCUUUUGAGCCACUUGCGGGAUGAAUCGUUGGGAGGAAGCCGAGCCGUGCGCGGACUGCUGCGGUCAUCUCCGCUGGGGGAGUGGGGCUGCCUGCCUUCGGAUUGGAAUCAUCAUCGAGCGGUGUGGUUGGCAUUGAGAGCUCAGAACUUCAGGCGCCUGGUGAGCACUACCCCCUCCCACAAUGACGCCGAGACUCAGCGCUCUGGACGCAGUCCAGCGUCUCAAAAAUACUCGCCCAGUGCUUUCAGAUUUGUGAUUUGUCAAUAUAAUCGUUUUUAUGUUUUACAAACUACUGGCUGCAUCCUGAGAUGUCGGUGUAGAAACAGGUUUAAUAUAUAUUUUUAAUUCCUGUACCAAUCGCCAUUAAAAAAAGAAAUGAAUAAUGCGUUUGUAAAUAAGGCACCCAAGAGGGAUUCAAUAGGAAACUGGGUUUAUGAAUAUGAAUUUUCACAGCACCUUCACAUUUUGAGUAUUUUUGCUUGAAGAAAUCGGUUAUUUUUCUUGUUGGUUCACAGUCUCAAAAGUUAUGACUACGAAACAGCCUUAAAUAUUUUAGGGACAGCAAAAUGUGGCCCCCAGGGUGGCAGGGCUUGGCAUUUUAAGCCCUGGGUUUACACACUGGCCUCAUAUCUUGAGCGCGACGCUUAUGUAAAACUUAAAAAAAAACAUUGCUGCAUUAUCGGCCGGGCUAUUUCUGUUUUUCAAACAAGCAUGAUGAACAACAAGUCGGCCUACAGCAGGCUGUUUACAUAUCCGUUGGUCACAAAAUAACAUCUGUUGCAGCCCUUAAGCAUAUCUGAGAAAUUGUGGUAUAGUUUAAGGAGACGUUGCAGUGAAGCGAGAACUUGACACUUGCAGCAUUUUGACCAAACAUUUCAUUUCUCAGUCAUUUUGUCGGGGACGGGUGGACCCUCAAGUGAGAUAUUAUGAAGGAGGGUAACCUCUACUUUUGUUUUCAGGCUUCAGUUGAGUGUUUUGACAACAGUCAGUACCAAGCAAGGUUAAGUUGGAGAAUGAAAGAUCUACCGGUCAAAAACAAAGGAAGGGAUUUUUAUUUAAUGUAAAUGUACGGCACGUUUGUCAGCUAUCGGGGUUUUUGUGUUAAGAUGUGCGAAUUAUACAUCCAAGGAAUUAACACCAUUAUAACUCGGCAUCUCCCAAUACUUUGUGAAACUGCUUGUUGAAUCAUUUUUGAAAAGGACAAAUCCAUUUGAUGGCUGGAAUAAGGGGGGGUGGGUGGGUUAAUGUUAUAAGAAGUGAAUGGCUUUAUGUAAUGCUCGUUGAGCCAGCUUUUCCACGCCAGCCAGGGGACUUGGUAGAGUCGGGCUUCCUUCACUUAGAUCCACGAACAUGCGAUCUGCCAGUGAGCUUUCUGUAACCCUGUCCGUGUUACCCUUGGGUUGGGCAGGUAGCUGUCAAUGAAGCAACUUUGCUUCUUCGGUAUGUAAUAACCUCAAACCAUGUUAAUGGAUAUUCAUUUUCAGUUUUCACUUUGGAAAAGCAAUAAUGUCACUUGCCGAAACGCUUCUCUUGAGCUCCUUGAGCCCCCAGGUGCACCAUGCUUACUGCACCUUACUGCAUCCAUACAGCGGUUGGCAGUGCUCGUGUAGAAUCUAGUCACUGGAGAGUCAACAACGACAAAAAAAAUCCACAAUUCGAGGUGUUAUUCCGAAUACAAUUCUACCGGUACUUUCACUCGGUGACAGCGAGGUUGACGGCGCAACCCGAUUCGACUGAUCACAGAUGAGCUUGUCUCGCGUCGUGAAUGCAAGAGACGUGCGCGAAAGGGGUGACGGGGGGGGGGAUUGAGAGGAGCUUGCUCGAAAUCAGCGGAAUCUUUAUUUAGACUGGAGGAAUUCGAUGAGCUGUAAAGCUCUUUUUCACAGAUGUCCCUUAUGGGUGGAUCCGAAAGAGCCUGGCAGGUGGCUGCGACGGGGGUGGAGCGCGCGCCUCUACCACAGUGUGAACUUAAGUCCCGAUUUCGGCAAGAGGACAUUGGAUGAAGUGUUUUGGCGAUAACGCACAAGUAUAAAAGCUACUUGCAAGAUGGGUAGGUGGAUCGCGCAGCCAUGAGAGUUCUGCCUCGCCUAAUCUCGCAGCUUGUCGCCAUGAAUGUGUAUAUUCGACGCAUGUCUGCUAAGCAACAAGGUGGUACCUGUAGGGAGCAGUAUUGUGUGAGGUUUCGGCCAGGCUGCGGAGGUUUGAGUGCAACACCAAUAAUAUGCAUUAGUAUUCUUUGGGUAGUCUUAAUUUCACUCUGCAAGCUAAAUAAAUAUUGUACUCAUGGAUUGGCCCAUCUCAAACUGGAUCUUACCUGAAGUAUUCUUGAGACUCGAUGAGACUUUCCUGGGUAGAGCUUCCAAACGGGGAUACGUGACAUUCCCAGCGCAUCAGUAAAAUGGAGCAUGUGUUUAUAAAGCAUCUAAAUGUGUCCACAUCUAAGAGGCUGUCCGUGGAAAACACACGCAUCAUAUGAUUCGAGGAAAAUAAGAUUUGUUUUAGUUGAGGUCUUUUUUGGAGAGGGAAGUUAUGGAUAGGAUGGUAUGAGAUGGCAGAGGGGGAAGUCGACGCUGGAAUGAUGACACGACAGAGGGCAACGUGGUGGAGAAUAGUCCCACGCCUGGUUUGUGAACAAGGGCUCUUGUCUGAUGAGGCUGCUUGUAAUUACCGGCGGAACGUCGUACCUGAAAUGUUGUGGGUUUUACUCUCCAACACCGGUGUGCUGAACUAGCAACGAAUUGGCACGUUUUGUUUUCCCUGACAAAUCUUACUAAUUGGCUGUGUCGGGUGGUGGUGGUGGUGGCGGCGAGUUUAACUACACAUUUACGUGAUCUAACCCCAAAAAAACCUUGUGGGUGAUGAGAGUUUGUGCAGACAGCUAUAGCGGGGCCGGGGGAAGUGCUUUUCCGGGCACCAGGGCAGCAGCAGUAACACAGAAGGGGAAUGGCCUCCCUGUGGCAUUAUUUUUUUUUAUAGAUGAGAAUAAAAAUGUUUGCCUUUGUACCACAAGCGGAUUGGCAGACAUGGCAGCCGGGAAGAUGAUGGGCCGACGGGAGGGGUGGUGUCCCCCUUUCCAUUUUUUUCUGGUGGAAACGCUGCGAGUCGUCAGGAUGCGAUGGGUUCUUUCUAUGCAUCCACCGACCACCGAACACAAACCCCCCGCCGCCCUGAAGUGGACCGCUUCACUUGAUUACUUAUUUCCGAGGGGGGGGGGGGGUAUCAGAUUUUUGUGAGAAAGUCAGGUUAAACUGGGCAUUUAAAUGAAACCUUUGCAAGCGGUUACAGGUCAUGUCAUGGUAUAUGUUUCCGGCUGAUGUGUACAUUGGGAACAUGUUUUCCCUCUUGGCUUAUUGUACAAACUGUGUGUGUGUGUGUGAGCGACAAGCCAAGAUGAUAUUUUACAUUAUGCUGGCUGCAUAAUUGUUUAUCCUGAAAUUAAUAUUGUAUAGUUUUGCAUUCCCUUUUGUUUCUCUUGAUAUUAAUCUUGAUGUACAAAAAUAAGUAAUAAGUCAUUUUCAGCCCUUUGUCAAUGCACCGCUGGUGGAAUGCCCCUCCACACUUUUGGUCAUGGAGGUUGCUUGACCAUACUUGACCUCGCUGGUCCGCGUGCGCUGGUAAAGGGAGGCCCAGGACACUGUUAAGAUAUCACUUGCCAUCAUCAACUCGGUCGCCAGGAUCGGAGAGCAGUGCACUAACCACUGUGCCACCGUUCAAAAAAAUAUUGUGCCCAAUUAUCUCACAGCAAGUUGGCCAGUAAGGGUGAUUGGGCCUGAGUGAAUGGGGACACAUUUAAAUUAAUAACCCGUACUUUUUGCGUUGCUAAAAAUUUUUUGAUGAAAAGAAACGUUCAGAUUUAUGUUUCCUCUUCUGUUCCAUGAAUAUAUGUCACUUGGAUAAUCUUGACCGAGUGUUGUGUAAGGGUUGAAAAGUGAAAAUUUAAAUUUAUCGCAAGCUUAUAUACUGUAAAAACAUACACGAAUGCUGUUCGUGACUAUAGCAUACGAUGGCGCAUAUAUGAUGAGAGUGUGGUGGAAAAGCAACUUUGAAAACGUAACCGUGCUGCGAUAUAUUUAUAUCUGCAGUAGUGUUAAAUCCAGUAAUUUUAAAUCCAGUCCAGCUUUAAGUUCUGUCAUUGGUUUAAGAGAUCUUCAAUCUCUUACGUCACAUACAAACAAAUACCUCACUCAGUGAAGGCCAAUGAGCCAAACGUUUACUUAACCAUAGUCUUGUUCGGUCACUUAUCGUUUGAGAUUCCUGUGUGUGCCUGGGUCUGUUUGUGAUGUAUUGUGAAUAGCACACGACGUCUGCCGAAACUGCGGUCCAUUUUUCGCUUCCAAGUAUACGAACCGCACCGGGUUACGUAGUUAAGUGUGCACGCCAAUCGCGCACUCUGGGGCAUGCUCGUUCAUGCGGAUGUUUGUAAAUAUUUGAUGUAGAAUUUUGAUUGGCUAGCGAGCUAUCCCUUUCCAAAGAGUUUAACCCCCCUUCGUCUAAGUGAAAUGGACCGGAUUUUUGCUGCAUUUUCGGAACUAAAUCUCCCCCUCGUUCUGAGCACGCACAUUUGUGCACAAACGCGCCCGCGCUUACAGAUCACGUUUACUUGGCGUAGUUGCAUUUGUUACGAACAACCGCCUUUGAUCAGAACAACCGCUGUAGCGUAUACAUAUACAGUAUAUAUGUAUUGUAUAUAUGUAUACAGUAUACAUUGUAUAUACAGCCAAUGGAGAACCUUGCCAUUAGAAACGGGACUGGAUGUUGGUCCUGGGAGUCUUGAGUUAUUUUCGGUGUGAGACAACGCUUGGCACUCCAGACUUCACGGACUGUUAUCCGGCCCAGAUUUCAAAUCUGUUUCCGCUCAACCUAUUUUAAGUAUCCCAGCAUAUGAAAGCAUACAGGAGGUUGGCUGGCAUGUAAAACUGGACUGGAUCAUAGUGUCUGGAGCAUGAGUUGAGACUUAACUGCCUUACUGCACUGGCUGAAUGAAAGCUUGUUAAUAGAUGCGUAAUGUAAUGGGUUUGUUCCUCUUUAUGUGUGUAUAUAAUUGUUUUACCAGUAAUGCCUUCUGUGGUUUCCAUGCAGGCAUAUUUGAUUUAUGUGUUUGCAUACACAUGUGAGUGUGCGUUCCUAUUUAUCUGCAUUUGUUCCCAUGUGUAAGUGCACCUGUGCACACACACGUGUGUACAUACACACGUGUGUGUGUACAUACACACACGUGUGUGUGUACACACACACGUGUGUGUAUGUGCAUACACACGUGUGUGCUCUGUGCAUGCAUUUCACGCUCACAUUCAAUUUGCAAUCAAAACGUGUUCCAAUUAAAAAAAAAACUUGUUUAAUUUUUGCCGUCGCGUUCGCUGUUAAAGUUUAUACAUCGCUUUGAGAUACAGCACACUUAUCCUUUCCAUUUGCAUUGGUCAGAGGCUUGUGUGCAUAUCUCGUUAAUGAUCGUCCUCCCAUGUUGUUGUCUGUUAACUUUUUAUUUUCUUACCCUGUGGGACAGGUCUUUGAAAUGUUGUAAAAAUGUAGAAUGUGUUUUUUUUCUCCGUAUUUAUUUAUGCGCGGCACCUGGGUUCCUUCUACGCAGUGACAAUGUUUCAGAUUGUAUGACCGGUUAAAAAGGCUUUGAUAUGCCCUCCUCCUCCCCGCGCGUGGAGACACCAGUUCAGGAAAUUGUGCCGUUUUAUUCGAAGAUUUUUUUUUCUCGAGCGCGGCCACCCAUUCUCGUAGCUCGGCUCCUGCUGAAAUAAGACACCAAAUGAUGGUGGCUGGAUAGGCCCUGUGGGCGAAUGCCCUAUUGUCAGGGUUACUACUGAGCCCCAGCACAUUUGAGAUCGUUUGAUUUCAGGCCGCUGUUGGCAGCUUAAAUUGACGUGGCUUUCUUGGGGCACGUGACAUUGCAUUGUUAGAAAUGCAUUGGCGUACUUCUGAUUCAGCCAAGGGGUGAAAAAGUAAAGAAAAAACACAAAAGCGAUAACAAAAAAAUAUUCGCAUUUCUCCCCCACAGCUUUCAUUUAGUCUUGGGCCCUUGUGUGGUUGGUCAUCAGUUCCCUUUAAAUCAGGACACCCAGUAGCAUUCGUUCGAGGCUAUGUCUUGCUGAUGAUAAUCAGAGACGAUGGAACCGGUUUGAAUUACCCCUAGUUCAUAAACAAAUGGCAUUGGGAAAAGGUCGCGUUUAAACGUUAUUGAUGAAACAAGCGACUUAUUUUUUUUUAAGUAAAGCAACAUUUCCACCCCCCCCCCCCCUCUAUUAAAGGACACCAAGAGAAUGUUCCGAGUGUAUACAAAAUAAAUCGGCAUUAUUUAGCUGACAUUUCUAUAACAAAUGAACGCGAUAAACCACUUUUAAAAUAAAUCCACCUUUAAUCUGCACUCAUUGGAUUAAAUGGCAUACAGUGUGUCAUGUCCUCACGUUCAUCAGCAAGACGUAUUGGCAUGUGCAUCAUGCGGUUAUUCUCAUUCCAGGUGGUGUCUUCAUUUUCAAACGUCCCAUUCCCCCCUCCCCCCCCCCAGUCUUCCUAUCCAGAGAUAGAACCUAUAUACACCAUAAUCACAUAUCACUUGACAGCCGGGUCGAAUGUGCGUGAAGAUUGGCAGAUGUGGAAAACAGAGAUCGUUGGACUACUGAGCAGAGGGAACCACGUCUGGGGUUUGUAAACCACUGCUGUGUUCACACGGCAAUGUUGUUAAUAUCCUCAAUGACUUGGCAGAGCUCACGUCUACACUAGGGUAUACUUUCUGCCGGUCUUAGGUGUAGCAUCAUUGCUAUUACUGUUCACCACACAGCACAAAUAUAUCUGUGGGGGAGCAACCUUCCAGCUACUGUUGGCUUUCACAAUGCCUCCUUUCAUCACGGAGUAAGCCACAAGUGAUGAGUGCAAAAGAAAACUUAAGACUUCAUUGGCAGUGGUGUAUUUACAAGCACGGACCUAAAACACAUCACCACCGUAUUAACAGUGCCUUGUUUCAGAAAAAAAUAUACAGCAGGCUAAAAUGUCAAGUCAGCGGCCCACGUUCACCGCUGUUGUGAAAUAAGGGUAAUUCCCUGGACGUUUGGCCUAUGAUGUUUCUGUUUAUGUGGUGUUAAUGUCAGACUGGUGGUGAAGUGUUGGUUGGCCUGUGUGACACAAGCCAUGGUUUAUAUGCGUUUGCUCACUUUUCGCUGCCUGUUUUUAUUUUGUUGCUAACCAUCGCGCACACGGCGGCGCUAAGCACCACGCCUGCCGCGCGUGUCGAGUUGGAACGCGGAGCGCCCGGCCUCAACGUGAACAUGCCGUGGGCCCCACCCCACCCCACCCUCGCGGCGACUGCGUUUCUAACGCGAAUAGGAGCAAUGACUACGUAUAGGAAUAAAACGUCUCCUUUAUUCGCCUUUGUUGUUUCACAUUCAUUUAUGAUGAGUUGAGUUUUUUUUUAAGUUGGCAUAUGUAAACACAUCUUACCGGUUUGUGUGGUUUACAUUGAUGGAAGGACGUUUUAAUGUCGCCAGUUUUCCGAGGCCCCCCCCCCCUUCACUCGAUGAAAAACGAAAAUAUGAAUUGGGAAUCCAGCGGAUAUAUCUUUCACCACAGGCUGCCUCUAAUACUCAUGUCCGUUCUCGUACUCCCUGGCUACUGAGAGACGAUCCAUUUUGGGGCUGUGUGCUCGCCUGGCUUGAGCUGUCGGUGUGGAAACUUGAGCUAUUGUAGUGGAGUUUGAGCGAGGAGGUCUUUAAAAGUGACGGGCGAACACUUUUAUAUCCAUGCUCUUAUUUGUGUUUAUCUCGCUGGCUGUCGAUGUGUUGUUUCUUUCUGGUGGGCCACUCUCGCCGAACUUCCCUAACACCUAACUGGGAUUCACAGGCAUGCAUAAGCAUGUUUUUUUUUUAGCCAGAUGCAAAUAUUGUAAAAGUCAAAAUUAGACUCCCCACUCAUACGGGCAUGUGGUGCCGCUCUGCUGGUGGCUCCGAGUCGAUGGUAGAAAUUUCACUUUUCUAUGCUGGGGGAUAUAGGACUCUUUCCAAAGAGGUACCGCUUAAGAGUGGUAGCUAAUUUUAAUGUUCCAAGGGAUUAUAUUAUUGGUGGGCUGAGUUAAACCUCAAAUUGGGAUGUGAACUUUUGUAACCUUACGAAUGAGAAUCAGGAACUCAAACCAAUUUCACACCCACGCAUCUGUAUGCCAUACAUUGAAUACAUUCGGUAAGUUUGUAAAGCAAACAUACUCUAGCCAUGUAAUUUAAAAACUCAAUGUUGUGGUGCUGACUGUGGUCACCCAUUCUAUCAUUUACAAUAGCUGUUUUGCCAGUAAACGGCGGUCAUUUUGCCACGGUGGCUGUCGCCAGGCUCGGUGCACCGUUAAGGAAUACACAUUACAUUGUAUUCGUACACGUGGACCAUUGUCCACCGUAACGUUCCCCAGGCGCCGCGGAUAGCGGUGCGUGCAAUGUGCGCUUUGAUCGCAAGAGCCACCUCCGUGUACAUACAAAUGUAGGUGUAUAAUUAAAUACAGAAGAGGAACUGAAAUCUGCACACGUGAAGCAAACGUUGCUAUAAAAUGUUCAUUAUAUGCCAUGCUCGUACAUUGUGUAUUGAUUGACGCAACAAAACAAGCAGGACAAUAAAAAAGAGAUUUAUAACAA